AUGGAUGAAAGGAAAAAAAAGCUUGAAAAAUUGGUAGCUAAACGUAGAGUAACUGACGAAUCUAACGAAGGAGAUAAUAACGAGUUGAUUUCAAUAUUUUUAAAUAUUUCAAGUAAAAAGAAUAAACCAAAGUCAACAUCUAAUGCGGCAGCGCCUGCGAAAGCUUCAAAGUCAAAAGGUUCUCCCACUGCAAAACCUAAGCAACCUUCACCUUCCGCAGAAAAAUCUAAAGGGGUUAGACUAACACGUCAAGAUCAAUAUGAAGAAGAUGGUUUCAUCGUGGAAGAAGAAGAAGUGGAAGAAGAAUCAGAAACUGACAGUGCUUCGGUGUCUGAAGAGAUUAAUGAUUCAAAGAGAAGAUCACAUAAGAAAAAUAAACGAGAAUCAGAUUCAGAAGAUUUUGAAUUAUCAGAUGAAGAUCUUGCAGAGAUUGAUAAAAGUUCAAUCAUAAAGGAACGAAGGACAAGAGGAAUAAAGUUUGAUUUUACAGGAAUGGAUCCUUCCGAUGAGCAAUGA